UAAAUGAAACCAGAAAUGUCUGCGUUUAUUUCUGUGUUGUUAAUGUCAUUGCUGGUUGUUAGUGAUCGAUGUUCAGGUGGACGGUUUGAGCGCAGCAUCAACAGGUCGUAUCGGUCACUUCUGCAGGUUCAUAAUGGGAUGCGUUGGGGUUCAUGGGGUCUUAAAGAGAUGUGUCCGGGUGGGAUGUACGCAGCAGGGUUUAGUCUAAAGGUUGCAGGUUAUUGGGAAUCUCUGCUGGUCGGUGAUAACACAGCUCUCAAUGGGAUUCGUCUUCACUGCAUCAACCCUUCCAAGAGUUCAUCAGGACCGUAUGAAGACUACGCUUCAGUUCAGUCUGACUCAGGGAGCUGGGGUAAAUGGUCAGAUAUUAAAUGGUGCCCGCGUGGAUUAUUGACAUCUUUUCAGCUGAGAGUUGAACCCUAUCAAAGCGGCUGGGAUGACACAGCAGCAAAUAAUAUCAGGUUUAACUGCAGUGGGAACACAGAAGUACUGGAGGGUUCGGGAAUGUCCUGGGGUAGCUGGGGCGACUGGAGCGACACCUGUGACGGUAAAGGAAUCUGUGGGAUUGAGACGAUGGUGGAGACCCCGCAGGGAAUCGGAGACGAUACGGCUCUCAAUGACGUGCGCAUGUACUGCUGCGAUUGAAGCAUGUGAUCACAAACACAAUAAUAGUUAAGGAUCCAGCAGAAUAAUCACAUUCUCUUUAAAUAGCACUUAAUUCUUUUUGACCUAAUUAGAGUUUUUUUCCAAGUUAUGAUUUUCUCAUUCAUAUUUAAAUGGACUAGGUGAACAUAACAUUUAAUAUAAAACAAAUACUCACAAUAUUGACUGACAAUAGUUGUAAUACUGUAGUUAUUUCAUGUUAAGAAAUCUGUUUGUGUAAUCUGUGAUUCUUUAAAUGAUCAUUAAAAAGUAUUAAUAUCAA